CUUAUACAACUCUAAGGGAGUUGAAGUGAGCACUUUCUUAUUUAGUUGCAACGUGAGGAAAUUUGAGAUGAUGUUAUCCUCCAACCCCAGAACUUUUCCAAUGGAUUUCUUCUAGCCUUAAUUAUCGACCUCACAAGAACAAACCUUUGCAAUUUCCCAUCUAUUUUUUCUUUUGGCUGCUGAAUUCCUGACACAACAAGGUUGUACAUAUUUCCCACACUCUUGGUUUAGCAGAGUUGAUUUAUCAGUUAUGUUUUUCUGCAAGAGAAAACCCUCCAAACUACAUUAGAUAUUUAUAUCUCAUAUGUUGUUGGAUUUCAUUUUUUUAAAGCUUGGUUUGGUGAAUGGCUCUGUUUAUUUGAAAUGGACCAAAUUCUGAAUCUUGGUAGUAGUUAGAGUUUGGACAAUUUGGUCUGGAUCAGGUGGGGGCAAUCUGACUUCAUUAGUUUCUCACUCUCCUUCUGGGAACAGUGUACUAGCCAGGUGAUAUUCUUAUGGUAAAUGGAAAGAGGAAGAAUCCCCAGUAUGGAAGCCAUCUGAAAUCUCUAUGCAAAGUGUAGUAAUUUUCUGUUUAUCAAAGCAAGUUAAAUGGUUGUACUCCAAGUUCAGGGGCAAGGUAGUCAGUCUUCUCAGUGAUGGCAGGAUACUGCAAGACUAUAUAUCAAAGGGUCGGGUACUCAGGAAUUCUUAUACAAUUGCUAAAUGUUUUGUAUAGUAAUAAAUAUUUAAACAUUAGUCUUGAGAGAAACUUUACCAAAGGCCUAAGAAUUAGAGAUAUGUUUGAUAAAUAAAUAUUAUUCAUGAGCUGAAAGCCGUGAGUGGGAAAAUAGGACUAACUUCACCUAGACAACCUCCUGGAAACUCCUUUUUUUAUUUUGGAACUUAUGAGAAAAUAAUUUGUUCCAUUCGUGAGUGGUGUGCACAUGUGUGUGUUUGUGUGUGUAUUUAUGAGCUUGUGAAUAAUGAAGUUAUACAAAAGUAUUAGCAGCAACCAGAUUCUGAGGUUCUCCAGAAAAUCUUAGAUAUUUUUGAUAAAAGCAGUUUGGAUUCUGUGUAUUUAAAUCUGUCAUUUAGAAAAGUCCAUAUAGGUGAUGAACUUAAUUAUGACCAAGCUCCUUUUAAGAAUUUAGACAUUUACUAUAUGAUCUCUCUAUUGGGUUAUAAAACUUCCCUAACAACUGAAGUCACUAAAAACAAAUGAUGGAGAGGUUACACAAGGAAAAAUUGCAAACACUGAAAGUGAAUAUGUCCUUGUUUGCAUACUAGCAAAUGAGAAUUCAGGUUUCAUGUCAACUUUAGUAUGAAUAAUUCCAGCCUAUAACAAGAACAGACAGUGAAUGAAUGGGUUAAUUUGAGUUGUUUUGAAAAUAAGAAUAUUUUCCAUAAAGACAGCAUUGAACUUACCCAUUAGCAUGCCAUGGUGAUUUCUGGCUUGACAUUGGUAACAACAAUUAAAAGUAAAAAGAAUCACAGCACAUUCACAAAUCAGGUGCAUAUAGAAUUUAAGGUCAGGAUAUUCAAGCAAUCACAACCAGUGAUAUUACACCAGCAUUUUAAAAAUUUCUUUUUGUCUGUUCAGACAUGAUAACUUUUCUGCCCAUCAUUUUUUCCAUUCUAAUAGUGGUUACAUUUGUGAUUGGAAAUUUUGCUAAUGGCUUCAUAGCAUUGGCAAAUUCCAUUGAGUGGUUCAAGAGACAAAAGAUCUCUUUUGCUGACCAAAUUCUCACUGCUCUGGCAGUCUCCAGAGUUGGUUUACUCUGGGUAUUAUUAUUAAAUUGGUAUGCAACUGAGUUGAAUCCAGCUUUUUACAGUAUAGAAGUAAGAAUUACUGCUUAUAAUCUCUGGGCAGUAAUCAACCAUUUCAGCAACUGGCUUGCUACUAGCCUCAGCAUAUUUUAUUUGCUCAAGAUUGCCAAUUUCUCCAACCUUAUUUUUCUUCGCUUAAAGAGGAGAGUUAAGAGUGUUGUUCUGGUGAUACUAUUGGGGCCUUUGCUAUUUUUGGUUUGUCAUCUUUUUGUGAUAAACAUGAAUCAGAUUAUAUGGACAAAAGAAUAUGAAGGAAACAUGACUUGGAAGAUCAAAUUGAGGAGUGCAAUGUACCUUUCAAAUACAACGGUAACCAUCCUAGCAAACUUAGUUCCCUUCACUCUGACCCUGAUAUCUUUUCUGCUGUUAAUCUGUUCUCUGUGUAAACAUCUCAAGAAGAUGCAGCUCCAUGGCAAAGGAUCUCAAGAUCCCAGCAUGAAGGUCCACAUAAAAGCUUUGCAAACUGUGACCUCCUUCCUCUUGUUAUGUGCCAUUUACUUUCUGUCCAUAAUCAUGUCAGUUUGGAGUUUUGAGAGUCUGGAAAACAAACCUGUCUUCAUGUUCUGCGAAGCUAUUACAUUCAGCUAUCCUUCAACCCACCCAUUCAUCCUGAUUUGGGGAAACAAGAAGCUAAAGCAGACUUUUCUUUCAGUUUUGCGGCAUGUGAGGUACUGGGUGAAAGGAGAGAAGCCUUCAUCUCCAUAGAUUCACAAGAGCGGCAUUGUGUAUCUUCUAGCAGAAAACAAACUGGUGUUAUAUGAAACAUUUUAUAUUUCUUACUGUGUUUUCUGUAAUGUAUGUAUAUGAAUAACUUUCAAGCAUGUACCUAGAAAAGUCUUUUACCUAACGUUAGUCUAAAAAAGUGCGUAUGUAUAUAUAUGUAUUUUUGUGUGUAUGUGUGUAUGAAAAACAAAAGAACAUUGACAGUGACAUACUCUUUUUUGUUUUUUCACACAAACUGCCAAAUUAUACAAAAUAUGACAAAAAUUCUUAAGACUUAUGAAUCCAUACCUAUUUCAUUUAUGUAUUUUAUAUUUCAUUUGAAUAAUUUAUUAUCUAUAUUUAUAAUUAUUAAGAACUAUCAGCUUAUCUCAGGAAAGACAUUGCUGUUUUCUAUUGUUAUUUGAACCACACAAAUAUACCACAGUGUGCUUCGAAUUCAUUGUUUGAACCUGUAACUUUUUGGAUGGUAAGGUCAUUCAAUUCUAAAUCAAUAAUAAGGAUGUGUCUUUGAGGUUUUAUUCCAUUAUGAAUUCCUAUUUUAUGUUUAGUAAAAAGCAAUCAGAAUUAUUGAUAGAAAACAAUGCACACAAUAAAAUUUGAGUGACAAGCAUAUGUAGAGUAAGUUUCAACUAUGUCUACCAUAAACAGUACUGAGUAAUAUUAGAUUUAAUACAAGCAUGUGAAUAGCUUAGAAAACAAUCUCUUCUAUAAUAGGGAUGAAAAAUCAUGAUUGUGAUCUUGAUUGCUAUUAUCAGUUUCCAUAUGUAGUUAGAAAAGUCAUUUCUUCCAGCUUUUGGAUUAAAGAAAAACUUUUUUUUUGAAGUUGAGAGGUGAUGUAAACUAUUUUAGUAUUUUUUUCUAAAGCACUUUUAGGCCCCUGAAUUGUUAAUUAUACCCUUACCUUCCAUUUAUAAAAUUCCUUCUAAACUUCAGGUAACAGAACCCAAAUCUUCCUUAUUCUAAAAAAAAACUAUCAAUGUAAAAAUAGUAUAGAAAUUAUGGAAAAUAAAUCAAUGAAAUUUUUGUAAAUGUUAAAAUGGCAUCUAUGAAAUCUAUGUUUUAAUUAUAGGAUGUGCUUUACAGUUAUAAUUUUGUUGUCAAUGAUGAAAUGAAAGUGGUUGACAUAUUCAUUAAUAGGAAGUUCUAUUAUGAGAUGGAAAUGUACAGUCUUGUUCACAGCUAAAUUCUACAUGACUGUAUUAAUUUUGGUGUUAUGAAAUUUUAAAAAUGUGAUUUAAACCUUAAGAUAAAUCAUCCCCACAUGUGAUUUAUGUGUUUUUUUAAAAUCAUGUAUCUUCCUCAGUACAAUGUAAGAACUGUAAAAUCAGAUCAGAGAUGAUCUCAUCUCUGUCUUGCUUUCUGUUGAAUGUAAGAUCAGAGAGGAAGAUGAUCUCAUCUCUUUCUUGCUUUCUGUUGACUCCCAGGACCUAGAACCCAGCAACAAGAAUAGAUGGUCAAAAAUGAUAUUUUAAUGAACAAAUAAAUGGGUGGAUAAAAUGGGUAAGUUGAUGUGGUAAACCAAUGAAAGGGAAACUCAUCACAAAAUCUGCAGUUGCAUGAAUUCCCCUGUUCUGGUCUCAGGUUAAGGUUACAGGCUUAUCCAAGCAGAAUCCUUCCACAGAGGAAAAGUUUGGCUAUUCCACAAUUUUAGGGGAAAUAUAACAAUAAUAUAGUCUUGAUGCAGCUGUAUCAGGUGUCUGAAUUGGAGACAAGGUAGAACAUCAAAAUUAGAUGGCGCCUAUUACAAUAUUUUUAGAAAGCGUAUAGACAACCUUGGUCUAUUUGAAUAUGUAUUUUUUUCUAUUGUGAAUUAUAUAUUUGUAUUAUGAUAUUUUCUAGUUGAUUAUUAUUUAAACAAAAAUGGCAUUUCAUUUUAAAAAUUGAGUUAGUAACCAGCUACUUUACUAAAAUGUUUUUUAUGUAUUACCUGUUAUUAAGGUGAUGACAUUUAUUUAGAAAUCAAGUUCAAGACAAAAAUGGCAAGGAUAUGUGGAAAUUGAGACAGGAACAAAUGUGAAACAAUGUGUGGUGAUGUCUGGUAUGACUCUGCUGGCAGCCACUUCACAAUGAGGUUCUCCAGCAUUUGGCUCAAGGCCCCAAGGGCACAUGUGACAAGAAGGCGCCAGCUUUUUAAACAUUGGAAGUUCUUCUGUGUCAGUUCUGUGACAGAACAUUUACUUAACACAUCAUGAAGGCCAGUUUGGAUGUGGAGGGGAAUAGACUCCAUCUAUCCAUAUGAGCAUAGGCCGGGCGCGGUGGCUCACGCCUGUAAUCCCAGCACUUCGGGAGGCCGAGGUGGGUGGAUCACGAGGUCAGGAGAUGGAGACCAUCCUGGCGAACACGAGUUGGAGUCUCACUCUGUUAUCCAGGCUGGAGUUCAGUGGUAGGAUCAUGGCUUACUGCAGUCUGGAACUCCUGGGCUCAAACCAUCCUCCCACCUCAGCCUUCUGCUGCAGAAGAAUAUUUUGCCUGCUGGAACCUGCUGUAUCUACUCAAGAGUGGAAGUUUUCACAGGUAACUUCUACAUAUCAAGUAACACAGGAUCAAAUGAAAACCUAGCAACACUUGGUUUCUGCCUGUAUCAGACAGGUGAAAUUGAAAGCAGUUAUACAAAUAGUGUACUAACUCCUCAUAAAGGCUACUCAAGGAGGGUGUUGUGUGUGCAUUUUACAGAUGGCUAUCCUAAGGCUGAUAGUAGUUGUAAAAUAUAGUCUAAGUUCAUAUCUAUAUGAAACAGAGUAUCUGGGUUUCUGUCCUGGCCAUCAGACUUGAAGUUCAUUUCUUAGAAACAAUUAUAUUAUCAAAACUGAAAAGAAAUACAAUCCAAGGUUGGAGUCUUAUUUUAGCAUCUAUUAAUCUUAAGCCAUUAAGUAAUCAAAAAUAAAUUAAAAAGAAAAAAAUAUAUUCAAAUAUCACAUGUAGAGAAGUCUAGUUUCUUCAGUGGAAAACACAUGUUUUUUAAGUGCUCAAGGAAUAUUUACAAAAUUGCUUAAUAUUUUUAAUUAAAUAAUUAAUAUUUAAAGACUUAAUAGACCCAAAAGGAUAACUUACUUAUAGACCUAAGCAUGAGAGAUCAGUUUGAUAAAUAUUGAAAAUGGGCUAAAAAGCAUGAGUGGGAAAAUAAGGACUUUUCAACCUACAUGACCUCCCUGAAAUUUAUUUCUCAUUUUGAAAAUUAUAGGACAAUAAUUCCUCCCAUCCAUGUGGUGUGUGUGUGGGCGGGGGGGUUGUGGUGCUUUGUACGUGUUAAUUGGCUUGUUACCAAUAAGGUUAUACAGAGGUAUUAGCAGCAACCAGAUUUUAAAGAGUACUGGCCUUCCUGGGGUUCCCAAAAAAAUCUUGAAUGCAUUUGAUAGGAAAAGUUGGAUUCUGUCUACAUAAAUCUGGUACUGAGGAAAACAAAUUCACUUUGGCCAUGAUUCUAGUUACGACCAAACUCCCUUCAAAAAUGUAGAUAUCCAAUAUAUAAUCUAUGUAUUGGGUUUUACAAUUUUCCUAACAACUGAUGUUGCUGAACAAAAAUUAUGGAGAAGUUAAAGAGGGAAAAAAUUGCAAAACAAUGAAAGAGAAUAUGUCUUCAUUUGCAUGCUUGCAAAUGAGAAAUCAGCUUUUACUUCAACGUCAUUAUGAAAAAUUUUAUUCAAAUUUUUUCAAAAGAAAAAAUAGAAAGAACAGUGUAUGAAUAGUAGUUAACUUGAGCUGUUCUGAGAAUAACAUAUUUUCCAUAAAGACAGCAUUGAACUCAUCUAUAAGCAUGUGCUGGUGCUUUACUGCUUGACAUUGGUCACACAACUGAAUUUAAAAGCAUCAAAAAUAUUAGUGCACAUUCAGAAUUCAGGUACACAUAGAGUUUAAGGUCAGGACCUUAAGGGGGAUCAUGACCAGUGAUAUUAGACUUGCCUUUUUUUAAGGUGUGUUUGUUCAGUUCAUGGGAAGUUUACUACCAAUCAUUUUUUUCCAUACUAGUAAUGGUAGAAUUUGUAUUUUCCCAUGAUACCUAUAUUAAAUGUAUAAACAUUUUUAUAUUUCAACACUUUGUAUGAGUCCUUUCAGGGCCUGUUAAACACUCCAAAUUUCCCUUGCAAUAUGCCAAUGACUAAUCAUAUUUUCUCAAAAUGAUUUGACAUAAUGUUUGACUGAAGGAAUAUCUCUGGUAUAAUUAUAUUUGCUGAUAUCAAAUGAGAAUUUGAAACUUCAUGAAAAAUGAUUAGAAAAUUUAAUAAUAGAAUACGAAUAAGUGCAUAAAAUAUGCAAUUCAUUCUUGAGAAAUGUGUAUAAAAUCACAAUCAUAGAAUGAUAAAAGAGUAAUAUGUAAUUUUUGAACUAAAGUUACGUUUUAAAAUUGAAUAGAAAAAGAAUUAUAAAAUGUUAAGUUUAAUAAUUUUUAUAUAAAUAUAAAACUGUGAAAAUUAUUCUGAUAUUACUAAUUUUGAAAAGAACAAGAAGUAAUGAGAAUUUUCAAACACUGCUCCUAGAAGUAUAAAUUGAUAUAAUUCUUUGGCUUAGUAUGGCAUUAUCUGAUGAAGAUGAAGGAGCACAUCUUAAGACUCAGUACAGGUACUCUUACCAGAAAAUGUAUACACACACAUGAAUAUCACUGUGUUUUCAUAGCUAAAGUUGAGAAGUUUCUCAAAUGUCCAUCAGUGAUAAAAUAGAUAAAUAAAUUAUGGCAUACCUAUAUAAGAGUAUAGUACUAUACAGUAAUCAAAAUGAACCAACUAGAGAGACAUGUUUACAAAAAAUGUAUAUAACAAAGAAAAUAAACAAAUUUGAGCUGAUUAGAUAAUACUCACAAGUGUAAGAGGAUCUAUCAAUAGUGAAAAACAUUCAUUGUAAUUCCAUUUAUAUAAAGUUUUCAAAAAUAUAUCUUUAAUACAUUGCAAUUUAUUACAUUGGUGACAAAACUCUAAAGUGAAACAUAUGAGUGACUAUUACAACAAUAUGGAUAGUAGGGAGGAGGAAAACAAGAGGAGAGUGGGAUCAACAGAAGGCAUAUAUGGGGAGUGUCUGGAUGGCUGGAAAAUUCUAUUUUUUGACCAAGAUGUGGUCAACACGGGGAGUAAAGUUAUAAUUUUUUCUCUUACUGGGCUUUUAGGUUUUGUUGCUUUCUGUCUGUAUGCUAUGUUCCACAAUAAUAAAAAUAUUUAAAAGGCAAAAAAAGUAAAAUAAUGAAUAUAAAAUUACACUGAAACUACAUAUUCUCAUAGAUAGAAUUGUAAUUAUUAGAGUUUUUGCUGAAUAAAGUCAAAUAGACUUUUAUAGUAGUUAUAAACGCAAGUUAAAAUUUUAGGGCCGGGCAAAGUGGCUCAGGCCUGUAAUCCCAGCACUUUGGGUGGCUGAGGCGGGUGGAUCACCUGAGGUCAGGAGUUCAAGACCAGCCUGGCCAACAUGGUGAAAGCCCGUAUCUACUAGAAAAUACAAAAAAUUAGCUGGGUGUGGUGGCGGGCUCCUGUAAUCCCAACUACUAGGGAGGCUGAGGCAGGAGAAUCGCUUCAACCUGGGAGGCGGAGGUUGUAGUGGGCAGAGAUUGUGCCAUUGCACUCCAGCCUGGGCAACAAGAAUGAAACUCCAUCUCAAAAACGAAAAAAACUUUUCUUUAAUUUUAAAAAUAAUAUAUAAGCAAGAACUAUAAAUUCAAAUUCUUAAUGCGAAUCUUAAUUUGAAACAUCAAAUUUUGAAUAUUGAUACAUUGCUGGACACCUUUUGUUCUUAUUUCCAAUUUAAUUAUUUACAGUGCACAAAGUGACAGAAAUUACUGAAUUUUCAAUAAAUUAUAGUACUGCAGAUAUUAAAUUAUAUGGACGAUUAUCCCUAAAUUUAUCCUUAAAUAAAAUAAUUUCAGUCAUAUUGUUACCAUUCAAAAAUCACAGUAUGUGCACACAUGUGUUGGAAAAAAUAUUUUGUUACUAUAAUUUUUUGGCUCUCUAUUAGAGAAAAAACCAGAAAGUUAAAUGUGUUAAAGUGUAAAACUUAUUUAGUAUAAUCUUUGGGUAUGUUUUUGUAUGUGUAGUGCUGCAUUGCUUGCGAUAAUAAAAUACUCCAAGGGACCAGGUGCAGUGGCUCACGUCUGUAAUCCCAACACUUUGGGAGGCCGAGACAGGCAGAUCACCUGAGGUCAGGAGUUCAAGACUAGCCUGGCCAACAUGGCAAAACCCCAUCUCUGCUAAAAAAUACAAAAAUUAGCCGGGUGUGGUGGUGGAUGCUUUUAAUCCCAGCUACUCAGGAGGCUGAUGCAAGGAGAAUUGCUUGAACCUGGGAGUCGGAGGUUGCAGUGAGCUGAGAUUGUACCAUGGCACUCUAGCCUGGGCAACAGAGUGAGACUCCAUCUCAAAAUAAAAUAAAAUAAAAUACUCCAUAUUUCAUCACAGUAGCUGAGAAUGUAAAUAACCAUUUGAAAGAAUUUGGCUUGCUAAUGAUGCUAUUGAUACAUAUGAUAAAUUUUAUGUACUGUAUAAUUGCACAGAGUAUUUGUACAUGUUCAUAUGAAAAUGCAAAAAAACAAAAAAACAAAAAAAACAAAGAGCAGGUGCUAUUUGCUGGAAGUCAUGUUUGCCAUGAUUUUUAGAAUUUAAUAAAAGAAAAAAAUAGCUAGCAAACUUAUGGAAAUAUGUUGGUUUAAAGUUGUCAUUGACGAAAUACUAUGUGAAGGUGAUAGGAGCAGGAGGCUGAGAAAUUCUAGACAGAAGAGGGCAGGUCCUCAGCUAAAGCCCCACUCUCAAGCCAAAUAGACUGAGACUGUGGCCCAAAGGGAGUACUUCUAUCCCUGUUUUCCCGCUCAAAUGUUGCCUUUUUUGGCCUGCCCCACCCCUCAUCCUAUGCCCAUAAAACCCCAGGCUCCACCGGUAGUGAGAAGUGGCUGAAGAUCGAGAGGAGAAGCAGCUCAAUGUUGUAGACUAUGGUGGGACGUUGGAGAGAAGUGGCUUGACUUCAGAGGGACAGGUUGAAGGCGUGACUUUCGAGAAGAGUCUGGCUGGAGACAGCCGGACUUCAGGGGAAGAUUACCUUCCUGCUUCACAUUCCCUUUCCAGCUCCCCUUCCUGCUGAGAGUCACUUCCAUCAAAAUAAAAUCUCCCUCAUUUACCAUCCUCCAAUUCGGUUGUGCAACCUCAUUUUUCUUGGAAGCUGGACGAGAGCUCAGGAGCCAGGAAUGCAGAUACGAAAAGUUGUUACACUGAACCUCUGCCCUUGCUGGCAAGAGGCAGCCGCCUCAAGCGAAAAGGCAAAGGGCCCACUGAGCUACUAACACUUAAGACGUCUGCAGAUAGCAGAGCUAAAAGAGCACUGUAACACCCUCCCCCUCGAGGUUUCAGGGGUGCGGGCACCCCCCUAGAUGCUGCUGCGGGGCCUGCACAGAAUUUGUUCCUGCUGGCAUCCAAAAGUGCUCCUGCACCUGUUCACCUGUGUGCUCCCUCCCAUGAGGGCUGGGCGCAGUGGGUCCCAGCGAGUGGAUUUCACCCCUGCCAGCCCUAAAGCAGCUGGCGGGUUCUAGCGUCAGUGAGCCCCAGUUCCCUCCCAUGAAGGGGUAAGGGAAAUGUCCUCCAUCAAAGGUAUUAUUCCAGUCUAAGCCCUGAUGCUGAGAAUAAUAUGAGAAUCAUAAAGCCAGGAGAAAGAAUAAUUGUGUUAUCCCAUUACCCUGAAUUGUAGCACUUAGAAAAAUGAAUGGUCACAUUUAUUAGCUAGCAUUCUACCUUGUAGCUAUCAUCAUCAUCUCUAUCUACAUCUAUCCCAUUAAAUAAUUUACUUUUUGAAAUAUAUACAUUCAUAAAUUGGAUAAUGCCUACGUAAUUUAAAAAAAGAAUAUCAUUAUGGGCAAGUUACAUUAGUAAACGGUAAAGUUCAAGUCAAGCUAAAUACAUUUAGAUUUAGAAAUUAAGUUUAGUUUAGUUUAAAAUACAUUGCUUAAGAAAAUAGUUAUUUAUGGAUGACCUUAAACUAAUCCAAGGAACACUAUAAUAAAGAUUUAGUUUUUAACGUAAAUACAAUUCUUUAAUCAGAGAGAUAAACCAUUUCAUGAUCAAUCUAUUAUUUUUAUUUGUUUAUUAUUUUUAUUAUUUAUUUAUUUUUCUUUUGAGACGGAGUCUCGCUCUCUAGCCCAGGCUGGAGUGCAGUGGCGCCAUCUCAGCUCACUGCAACCUCCGCCUCUUGGGUUCAAACGAUUCUCCUGCCUCAGCCUCCUGAGUAGUGAGAUGACAGGCACGUGCCACCACACCCUAAUCUCUUAUUUUUAAAAAGAGGAUUUUAGGACUAAACAAAUCAAAUGUAAGUUUCCCCUCACCUCUUUGAUCUCUCACUUGGGUAAUGAUGCAGUUUGAAGGCAAAGAGCCCCAUUUCUACAUUAUAAGCAAAAUAAAAGUUAAUUCAUGGAAUACAAUGGUGUAUUUGUAAUUGAGGUACUAUAUUUUAUUUAUUGGAACGGCAUUUUGAGAUCCAGUGCUGUUCAUUGAAUUUCCCUGUAAGGAGAGUUUGUGGUGAGGACUCAUCAAGCUGCUAUGCCAAAAACAAAACAAAACAAAACAAAACAAAAAGCUAAUCACAUGAAAUCAAUUUCCUGUUUCUUCCAACUUGCAGGAUAAGGCCUAGAUGAAGCUUUUAUUGUAUUGUGUGACCCAAGUGUUGGGAAAAGUAGAAAAUUGUUACCAGAUGUGAAGAAACAUUUAGGGGCUUGAAAAGCAGCAUGGAGGUGGACCUAGGCUCUUUGCAAUGUUCCACGUCUUGCCCUAUAUGAUGGUUACAUGAGAGUUUAUAAUACAUUGCUGUGUUUACCAUUUUUAUUUUGACUCAUUUCUAAGUGUGCAUUAUAAUUUUAUUUGAAAAUUAUUAGGAGAAGUGCACCGUAAAAAUUAUUGAUUACUCUGCUCAUUAUAUACCUAGGAAAAAAUUCACCAUUUAUAUAUCUUUACAUACAACUCUAAGAGAGUUGAAGUAGGAACUUUAUUUUAGUUACAACAUGUAGAAAUAAGAGAAGACGCUACCUGAAGUACCCAGAUCUUUCCAAAGGUUUUUUUCUCCUUUUUUUUUUUUUUUUGAGACGGAGUCUUGCUCUGUCGCCCAGGCUGGAGUGCUGUGGCGCCAUCUCCGCUCACUGCAAACUGCACCUCCGGGCUUCACACCAUUCUCCUGCCUCAGCCUCCCGAGUAGCUGGGACUACAGGCGCCCGCCACCACGCCUGGCUAAUUUUUUGUAUUUUUUGUAGAGACGGGGUUUCACCGUGUUAGCCAGAAUGGUCUCGAUCCCCUGACCUCUUGAUCUGCCCACCUCAGCCUCCCAAAGUGCUGGGAUUACAGGCGUGAGCCACCGCGCCCAGCCUCUACCUUUAAUUAUCUACCUUGCAUGACAAAACUUUGCCAUUCCUUAUCUAUUUUUCUUUUGGCUCCUCUAUUCCUGACACAACAAGGGUGGACAUAUUUCCCACACGCUUGGUUUAGCAGAGUACCUAUAUCAGUUAGGUUUUACUGCCAGAGAAACCUCUCCAACACUACAUUACAUAUCGAUAUCUCACAUGUCUUUGGAUUCAGUUUUUCUAAGCUGGGUUUGCUGGAUGGCUCUGGUGAUAUGAGAUGGGCCAAGUUCUGCGUCUUGGAAUUAGUUAGAGUUUGGACAUUGUAGGCUGGAUCAGGCAGGGACAAACUGACUCCAUUAUUUUCUCAUUCUCCUUCUGGGAACAGAGUAGUAGCCAGGCAAUGUUCUCAUAAUAAACAGAAAAGGAAAAGAAACUCCAGUGUGGAAACCAUCUCAAACCUCUGUGUGAAGUCUACCAAUUUUCUGUUAAUCAAAGCAAGCUAUGUGAGUGUACUCAGAGUCCAGGGGCAAGGUAGUCACCCUGUCUGUGGUGGGAAAAUACUGCAAGAUGUCAAAUAAUGGGAUACUCAGGAAUAUUUACAAAAAUGUUGAAUAUUUUAAUGAAAUAACAAAUAUUUAGACAUUCAAUAGACUUGAGAGUAACUUUACCAAGGGUCUAAGUAUGAGAGAUAUGUUUAAUAUAUUUUUAUGGGCUGAAAACCCUGAGUGGGAAAAUAGGACUAAUUUCACCAGGAUGACCUCCUGGAAACGCAUUUUCCAUUUUGGAAAUUAUUUUAAAAGUUCAUUUUUUCUGGAUGGGUGUGUGUAUGUGUGUGUGUCUGUCUAUGUGUGUAUGUUUUAUGAGCUUGUUAACAAUAAUGUCAUACAAAAGUACUGGUUAGCAGGAAUAAGAUUUUAAGGUGUAUUGGCAUUCCCAUGGUUCCCAAGAAAAUUUUCGAUGAUUUUGAUUAAAAAGUUUGGAUUUUGUCUAUUUAAAUCUAGCAUAAAAAUUGGUCAUGGUGAUGAUCCUAGUUAUGACUAAUCUCCCUUUAAGAUUUAGGCAUUUACUGUAUGAAAUAUGUGGCACAUUUUCCAUAACAAACAGCUAAAGUUACUGAACACAAAUUAUGGAAAGGUGAAACGAGGAAAACAUUGCAAAACACUGAAAGAGAAUAUGUCUUUAUUUGCAUGCUGGCAAAUGAAAAUUCCGGUUUCACUUCUACUUCAGUAUCUAACAAGUCUCUAACAAGAACAGACAUUGAAUGAAUGAAUUAAGUUGAGCUGUUUGAAAAUUAGAAUGUUUUCCAUAAAUACUUUAUCGAACUAUCAAUUAGCAUAAACUGCUACUUUCUCGUUUGACACUGGUCACAGUAUUUGAAAGUAAAAAGAAUGUUACUGCACAUUCAGAAAUCAGGUGCACAUAAAAUUUAAGGUCAGGAUAUUAAAGGAUCACAGCCAGUGCUGUUAGGCCUUCAUUUUUUCUAUCUUUUUGUCUGUUCAGACAUGAUAACUUUACUACCCAUCAUUUUUUCCAUUCUAGUAGUGGUUACAUUUGUUCUUGGGAAUUUUGCUAAUGGCUUGAUAGUGUUGGUAAAUUCCAUUGAGUGGGUCAAGAGACAAAAGAUCUCCUUUGCUGACCAAAUUCUCACUGCUCUGGCAGUCUCCAGAGUUGGUUUGCUCUGGGUAAUAUUAUUACAUUGGUAUGCAACUGUUUUGAAUCCAGGUUCAUAUAGUUUAGGAGUAAGAAUUACUACUAUUAAUGCCUGGGCUGUAACCAACCAUUUCAGCAUCUGGGUUGCUACCAGCCUCAGCAUAUUUUAUUUGCUCAAGAUUGCCAAUUUCUUCAACUUUAUUUUUCUUCACUUAAAAAGGAGAAUUAAGAGUGUCAUUCCAGUGAUACUAUUGGGGUCUUUGUUAUUUUUGGUUUGUCAUCUUGUUGUGGUAAACAUGGAUGAGAGUAUGUGGACAAAAGAAUAUGAAGGAAACGUGAGUUGGGAGAUCAAAUUGAGUGAUCCGACGCACCUUUCAGAUAUGACUGUAACCACGCUUGCAAACAAUACCCUUUACUCUGUCCCUGUUAUCUUUUCUGCUCUUAAUCUGUUCUUUGUGUAAACAUCUCAAGAAGAUGCAGCUCCAUGGCAAAGGAUCUCCAGAUUCCAACACCAAGGUCCACAUAAAAGCUUUGCAAACGGUCACCUCCUUCCUCUUGUUAUUUGCUGUUUACUUUCUGUCCCUAAUCACAUCGAUUUGGAAUUUUAGGAGGAGGCUGUAGAACGAAACUGUCCUCAUGCUCUGCCAAACUACUGCAAUUAUAUACCCUUCAUUUCAUUCAUUCAUCCUAAUUUGGGGAAGCAAGAAGCUGAAACAGACCUUUCUUUUGAUUUUGUGUCAGAUUAAGUGCUGAGUAAAAGACCUGAAACUCUCAAAUUUCUAGAUUCGCAAGUGGGACAUCGUGUGUCUCCAAGACAAAACAAACUGAUGUUGUCUGGAACAUUUUAUACUUUCUACUGGUUUUUCUGUAUUGUAUGUUUUUGAGUAAUUUCCAAAAGUAUAUCUAGAAAAGUAUUUUACCUAAAGUUAGUCUAAAAAGUAUCUAUAUAUGCAUGUGUAUGUGUAUAUGAAACACUUAAGAGAGAGUGGCAAUAACAUAAUCAUUUUUUACAAACUGCAAAAUUAUAGAAAAUAUUGUAAGAAAUUUUUCAGAAUCAUGAAGCCAUGUGUAUUCACAAUACAGUUCAUAUUAUCAUGUUUCAUUUGAAAAAUUUAUGAUCUCUAUUUAUAAUUGUUGAGAACUUACAGCUUAUUUCACAAAAUCAUUGCUCUUUUCCACUGUUAUUUGUACCAUACAUAUGUACCAUAGUGUGCUUAAAUGUGAUUAUUUGAACGUCUAGUUUUUUGGAUGGUAUGAGCAUUCUAAUCUAAAUCAAUAAUGAAGUUUUAUCUUUGGGGUAGUUUUUGUUUCAUAAUGAAUUCUAAUUUUAUGUUUAAUUUAAAGCAAACAAUUAUUGUUAGAAAACUAUGCACAAAAUAAAAUUCAAGGAUGAAAAAUA